CGCACGUUGCGUUGUCAACAGAGACGCCAGAGUUGAAAGGUCACAGCGCGACACCGGUUAGUGGAUGACAGCGUGAGUCAAUGAAGCUCCUCACAUGGCUGUUCGACUGCUGAAGGUAUCAUCUGUAGCCACUGCAGUGUUCGCAUCAUCAGGAUUCUACUUGUACAGCAAAAAUGUGGACUUCAAUGAUCUCAGCAUCAUUAGAUUUGGGAGGGCAGCUGCAACAACAGCUGUCAUCAGUUAUGACUACCUCACCACUCUCAGAGAUGUACAGUAUGGGACAGAAGAGUACUGGGCUGUCAAAUCAAAGGUUCACAGGCGUUCGGCAGAGAGACUCCGGGACUUGUGCUGUGCGAACAGAGGCACCUUCAUUAAAGUAGGGCAGCACCUGGGAGCGCUGGACUACCUCCUGCCUGAGGAGUACACCAGCACGCUGAAGGUCCUGCACAGCAGAGCACCUCAGAGCAGUAUGGAGGAGAUCAGGCAGGUCAUACGAGAAGACCUGGGGAAAGAGCUCAGCGAUCUUUUCAUCCAGUUUGAGGAAAAGCCUCAAGGGGCCGCCUCCCUCGCUCAGGUCCACAAAGCGGUGCUUCCAGAUGGGAGGACGGUGGCAGUGAAGGUACAACAUCCCAAGGUCCAGCGCCAAAGCUCCAAGGACAUUGUUGUGAUGGAGUUUCUCCUUCAGGUUGUCCACUGGUUGUUUCCAGACUUUGCCUUUAUGUGGCUGGUGGAAGAAGCCAAGAAGAACAUGCCUCUAGAGCUGGACUUCCUCAAUGAGGGACGGAAUGCUGAGAAAAUAGCAGAAAUGCUCAAGCAGUUCACGUUUCUGAAGAUCCCGAAGAUUCACUGGGAUCUUUCCACCAAGCGUAUUCUAACCAUGGACUUCGCAGAGGGCGGUCAGGUCAACGACCGAGAGUACAUAAAGAAACACGGCAUCAAUGUCAACAAGAUCUCCAGGAAUCUAGGGAAGAUAUACAGUGAGAUGAUAUUCGUCAACGGAUUCGUGCACUGCGAUCCUCACCCUGGCAACGUGUUGGUGCGAAAGUGUCCUGAAAGCAAUAAGACGGAAAUUGUGUUACUCGAUCAUGGCCUGUAUCAGGUGCUGAACCAGGACUUCAGGAUGGACUACUGCAGACUGUGGCAGAGUUUGAUAAAGGGAGACUUGAAAGGCAUCGAGCGUUACAGCAGGCGUCUGGGUGCAGGGGAUCUCUAUCCUCUGUUCGCUUGUGUCCUCACCGCCCGCUCCUGGACGUCAGUAAACACUGGCAUCAGCCAGACACCUGUCACUCAGUCUGAGGAUGUGGAGAUCCGAACAAAUGCAGCGCUGUACCUCCCUCAGAUCAGUGAGCUGCUGAACCGGGUUCCCCGACAGAUGCUGCUGCUUCUGAAAACCAACGACCUGCUGAGAGGCAUCGAGACUAUCCUGCAGACUAGAGCCAGCUCCAGCUCCUUCAUCAAUAUGUCCCGCUGCUGUACUCGUGCCAUUGCCAGACACAAGAGGAGUAAAACCAAGUCUCGGACCAGGCGACUGCAGAUCUCUCUGUCUGAGCGUUGGUCUCUGUGUCAGAUAGAUCUGUAUGAAUUUGUGCAGUGGCUCCGCAGCUCCGCGUUGGCCAGAUGGGUCUGUUACCUCCUCAACUGCCUGCCCUACACAAAAUGAGAGCCUUGAAUCAAGCUAUUAUGCCCUCUGUACUGAACUCAACACACUGCCAAGUGCAUUGUGGGUUGAUCAUGGACCGUUUUUAAUAAGAGCUGAAAGUAAAAGAGUUUUUUUUUUUUUUUUUUAACUUAACAGACAGCCAUAGUCAUGAAAGUUGACUGAUCAUGUGAUUGAUUAGUCAUGUGAUCAGUAUGUGUGAGCAAAUGCUCCAUGCAUGUUUAGUUUCUUUUAAAGUAACCAAAUGAUAUUUUACAGUACUGUAAGUAGGUUUGCAUCAUGCAGUAUCUCAGACUUGUGAAAUCGCUUCUGGAUUCAGCAUUGAGCUGCCAUGUGCACAUCACCUCUCUGCGGAAUUUCAUGUGAAGUCUUCAUUUUACAUUCCUUCAGAUUUCAGAAUAUAUAAAACAUUUUAAUACAACAGUUACAGAAUAACAUAAAUUUUUUUAAAUUUUUUUUUUAUUUUGGGAAUUUUUUAUUAUUAUUAUUAUUUUUUUUUUUGAGUGAAACUGUGGUCAUGCCUUAUCAAUAAAUAGGAGUGUUUUUAUUUUUCGUGUUUGUUUGAGGGUUUCCUUUUGAUCAAGUUUGAGUCAUGCUGAAUAAAUUAAUCAGUGAUUUAAUUUUUUUAUUUAUUUAUUUUUUUUUAUGUGGAACACAACAGAUGAAAGUUUGAAUAACAUUAACACUUCUCAAUUCUGUACAGAUAAGUGUAUGGUGACUAGGGGCUGUCAUGCUUCAAAAGAAAAUAAAGUAAUUUAUUACUUGUUUGCUGUA